AAUUUUUUUUAACUUUUCCCCAAUCCCCCCUUCCGCACUGAAGUUAUGCAAAUCGCACUGAUGGUGGGAGGGCCAGGCUGUAAGCGGAAAGAGACACACAAAUCUCGCAUUACGUUACAGUGCCACACACACACAGACAGCUAGGAUACGAAUGCAGCUACAUUGAAUGCGGGCUGGCGCUACCGUUUCGCGGUGCGACCUGACGGGCGACCAGUUUUCCACCGACGCUGGGUGCGAUCGGUACCGUCAAAGCUCGUCCCCCGGGGGGAUAGACGAACGGCUGUGAAGUCCUUGCGAAAGUUCGUGGGUAGCGUCAGUGGGUGUGUGUGUGUCAGUUUGAAGUUUUCCCACUGCAUCACUGGGUGCCGCGCUGCAACUGGGUCAGUGUGCCUGUGACGCUAGCUUGACAGUGCACGGGGCGGGAAAAUUAAACGCAAAAGUGAACAAAAACACUCACACACAUCCGCGCCAUGUGCGGUAGAUUGCCGGUCAGCUAGUCAGCGCUCCACACACACACACACACACGCCAAAGGGCACAGUGAGAUCGGGCGACAGCGCUUUGACACCGCUGCAUGGGCUCGCGGAACCCCACCGACCAUCCCAUCCUCUGGUGCGACGAGCUGAAGCGGCGCGAGCGGAGGCGCAUCGCCGAUGAGAGCCUGCGGGACUGGAAAAACCGGAAGCUGAUCGAGCGGCGAUCCCGUGCGAAGGAGCAAUCCCACUUUCCCCUCUUCCAGUACCGGGAAGUGAUGGAGCGCUACUCACCGUGGGGCCGGAAGGGCGGCGGCGCACCGAACGAUACGAUACGCAUGCGCAACAUACAGCUGCAGGGCCUGUACCCGGAGACGAAGAACGAUCUGCGGAAUCCGGUACCGAUCGGACGCUCGCGGGGUGGCGUCGGGGCGGGCGGUGGCGGUGCGCCGAUCCGCAGCGCCUCGGGCCAGAUCGUGACCGGCCUGACCGACGAUCCGAUCAUCAGCUUCAACGACGCGAACCGGUACCACGUGGACAACGAGCUACGGUACAAGACGUCGCCGGCGCAGAAGCAAACGUACCGGGCGGAGCUGGACCGGAUCGUGGCGGAGAAGGAGAACCGGGCGCGCAAGGCGGAGGAGGGCCCGGUGCCGGCGGGCGGUCGCCCGAACGGUGGCGGCCCGUGGGGGAAGCCGGGCCCGGGCGGGAAACCGUGGCGUCCGCCCAAGAACGUCGGCCACAACUUCAUGAAGUCGAUGGGCUGGACAAACAAGGAGACGCUGCAGGAUCUCGACCUGGAGCUGGUCAGUCGGAUGCAGCGCCAGCUGGAGGAGGAGAACCGCUUCCUGAAGCGCUUCUCCAACUGCUGCUCACGGUGCGUCUGCCAGUGCAUCAGCAACACGCUGGAGCAGGGCCCGCCGACCGGUGGCGUCGGCGGUGGCAGUGCCGGCGCGGCCCGGGACGCGAUCAAGUACCACCAGUCACCGCCGGCGACGGCCCCGCAGCCACAGCAGCCAGCUGCGGAUCGGCGUGUACCGAGGCUCUGCAAUCAAAGUCAGCAGCAGCAGCAGCAGCAGCAGCAGCAGCAGACGCAGCAGCAGCAGACGCAACAGGCAGGGAACGGGGGUGGGCGGCGCAAUGGCGGGCGGGUACCGCCGACGCGCAACUGUAUGAUAACGGGCGGCGUUGAGCUCGUGCCCCUACUCGCCAAACGGCGCUCCCAACCACGUCCCAUUAGCCUCGGGACGACCGACGUCACCAAGAUCGAUAAGUACACCGCAAACGGCAGUCUGGCCCGACGCACGGACGACGGCUACCUGACCGACCUGUGCAAUCAGAUGAGCCAGAAGCAGCGCAAAGUGGAGACGGUGCGGGCGAUGGAGUUCGAGACGAGCCGGCAGCACUUCGAGACGUGGAGCAGCUUCUGGGGCCGGCCGGGCCACGGUGCACCGCUACCGAACAAGAACAAGCUCAACCUGGACAAUCUGCUUUACAAAUCUCGUCGCUAAAGCAGAACCUGUACCACACGACUUAUCACGCGACAAUGGGAGCUCUUACACACACACACCCAUAUACAUUCGCAGCAGCAGCAAUAACAGCGGACACUCAGAUUACACUUUUUUCAAAUAGGAUACUAGACUGAGUUAUCUGUUUGCAGUGAGUUGCGUUUAAGUGAAUGGCAACAGCUAAGAAAUCAACUACGCAUCGAUUCUUAGCCGUCCAGCCUAAUCAAAAUGAAGGUGUACUAUCUAAGGUAACAUCAAGCAGUCAGAUUCAAUUUCUAAAAACUCUUGAUUCUCAUCCGCAACUCGUUGCAGGCAAAUGACGUCAGUACAGGCAAAAACACACGGACAAACUCAUCUCAGGAGGUAUUCGACAUGCUUAUCUUUACAGCAGGGGUUUUCAGGGACUCCGAUGCUGUCCGUCACACUUUCUGAACUACUGGAGACUUCUUGUAGCGUCAUGUCAUGAAUUACCAUGUCACCAGUGAGUGCAGCAAGUAUGCCAACCGCAUCAGAUGACCUGAAAUACCACUGUGAGAAGUUUGGAGUAGGCUUCAGGAAGGUGCAAACAAGCAUGGCGUAAUGCUAGAUAGUUUCCCGUGUGCUUUAGCUAAGGCAAAAAAAUCGAGAGAAGAAGGAAGAAAAAAUCAACUACACACGCACACGAGAGUUCUAAGAUGGACAAUUUUCUUCACUUGCCGUCCGAACGCAAGUGAGUGCAAAGUUGCUUCGCUUUUACCUGAAAUGAGACCAAAGCAAACAAAAACAAACUAAAUGAAGAAAGAGAGAGAGUUAGAGAGAUAGAGAGAUAGUCAGAGAGGAAGGCAUAAUAAUGCUAUAAUUCCUCUUCGAUCCUCACCUCCAUCGCAUUGUAUAUAUAGUACAACAGAUCAGAGUGGCAGUAAGACCGGAACUCCCUAGCGGAUGGGAACGUAGACAAACUACGAGAAUAGGUCUGACAGCAGAGAAUAGUAAUGAUAGUGGUAGUAAUAAUACUAGUAGUAUGCAGCUCGAUUCGCUUCUUGGCCCCAGAACGUCACUCUUAGAGUGUAGUAGCCGUACAAAGGUACUGGUGUCGUGCUCGAUUACGAGUGUAGAGUUCCCAGAGGAACGAAGAAGGCACAACACUUGAAAUGAGGAUUCGGUGUACACGGCACUCUGGCCAGCAAUCGAAAAAGACAUAAGACUCCAACAAACGUCUGUAGCCCUAUGGAGAUGCACCGUUAGACAUCUCGGACAGACAAAACGAACAAAUUCCAUUCGUUCUUCCGAGUCUGAUGUCCUGUUCGAUGGCUGCCGGAGCGCGCUGUUACUGUUACCAGCGUUGUUUAUUGUUGUAGUUUCCUUCGAGGAAGAUAGUUUAAUGAGGGAAUAGAAGCAGAGGUAGAUUAAAAACUGAACGUUGCGUUUUCUUGUUUCAUUGUUCAUCAGUCAUCAUGCUAUUAAAUGCUUCAAAAGCUCAGCCGGCACGAUUUGUUAACAAAUUUGAGGUUAUAAAUAGUUUAUAUAUAAAAAUAGAUGUAUACAGUCAGCUAUCGUUGUCACCGAUCAUGCUACCAAAGCAGCAAAAACUCGCCGUACAUUACUGUACAUGUAUCGUCCACUUUAUGAUUGCUAGUGAAUGCGGAGCUUGGAGCAAGAGCGCGAGAGAGAUGCUACAUCGACCAAUGCAACGCUAUUUGCAAGCAACACGUUUUCCAGACAUUCUUAGCUAGAGCUGCGGAAGGGCAGUGUGUUGCGGACAGCACGAAAGCUUCCACGUUAGGUUAAAUAAAGAAGCAUCCAAUAUUAAAUGUUACCCGCUGCGGAAAAGUUGAAGAUCCCCGUGAGCCUAGUUAUUUCUUGAUGUCGGAACGCAGUCAGUUGCAAAUUGCAGUAGCUUCUUAGGCUACUUUGGAGAAAAUAUCACAUUUAUAGCAUCAAGACACAUUACAUAUGCGUGCUACCUUUAUAUUGCGAUCUUCUUAUUAGCACGGUUUCAAUAGUUUCAAUUUGGUUCAUGAAUCUGACUUCCACAUCACUACAAGGGUUGUCUACUAUAUGUCAACCGCGAUGCCCCUAAAUUUUGAGAUACCCCUAGAUUUCAAGGAAAGGAACAAAGUAAAAUUGUGUGCGCUGCAUCAAGCAUUCAACGCUGCAACUCCUUCCGAUGACAAUGAUGCAGACCAAAAGUAUUUGUUCAGUAUUACCUUUACUUUCUUCCUUCCUUUAUUUAUCCAUCGCCCACUUGGGCUGACGAAAUCAUCUGCAUUUAACCAGUGCUCUUCGCAGUAAAAUAAAAGACUAAAAACUAGAAAGACCGAAUGCAUCUUUAAUGAGCACGCUCGAUCAAUAAUUUCGCCGAUGAGAUAACGCAGCCCCGGCUUGCCCCAGGGGUACGCCGCGCAUCCGGUAUUUCGACAUACUGCGCAAAGUGCGUAGCACCUAACACCCGAAGUAAUGGAGCGUGUGAAAGCGGUAAACGACAGGGACACCAGAUGGACGUCACCGUAUCAGCCAGUGGAGGUGCCGAAGUGCUUCAUGUGCACGCAAGUUGGAGGGAAGCGUGAUUGGAUCGACCAACCGCGUUGUCCUGUUUCGCAUUUCCCAUCGCCUCACGCUGAUGCCAGCAAAAAAAAAACCGAGCGCAACUUAAGUCAAGUCAUAUGUCAAGUGCUUGUGUAAAGCUCGCGCUGUGUGUGUGAACGGUACUGCACAUCGCCUUUGGUAGCCUGUGGGAAUCGUGAGCUCGAAAAGGCCUUCGGCCAACAGGUGUCCACAGCAAACUGGUGAUUCGCGUUUUUAAGUGAUUUAAGUAGGGAUGGGUAGCUCCGUUUCAUGAAUCUUAGUGAAUCUUUGAAUUGAAUGAUUGAAUCGGAAUAUAUAAAAAUUGAGAUUCAAGAACCAUUAAAGUUUCAUCAAUCCAUGAAGAUUUUUCAAAGUUUUAUGAAAAUUCUGAUAAUCAUCACGAAAUAAUCUGUAGAGACUACAUAUUGAU